GCUCAAGGGCUCAAGACUCAAGGUUCCCAGGUCUCCGUAGGCCCUGCCGUCCCCACCCCUCUUCGUCAAUCCCGGGUGGUCCGUGUGCUGGCUCUUGCGCACAGUGUCAUGGCUGACGUGCCCAUUGACUGCCCGUCGGAUGAAGAUACACGACGAGGGAGCCCGAAAGCCCCGCGACUCAGUGACGAUCGUCGCCGUGAUCCCUCUGGGGCGAUUACCUUUGCGGACCUCCAGUUGCUGCUCAGUCAGCAAAGUGAGUCUCUUGCAAAAACACAGGCGAAGGAGAUCCGGGGGGCGAUUGCGGAGUUGAGGGAAGCCACGACUGCUGAGCUCAAGGGGAUCAAGGCAGAGGUGGUGCGACAUUCUGACUAUAUCUCCCAGUUGCGUGAUCAGCAUGACCGAAUGGAGGCCCGCAUUAUGGCACUGGAGCACCAGAAAUCUGACGCCAGCACGGCAUACUUGGGAUCAGCCACUGGAGAAGCACACCAAAAGAACUUGGUCAUCCUUGGCGGAUGGGACGCGGAUACCCACAAGGCGGACCUGCUUCCGGAGUUGAAGGACAUGCUCGGCCGCAUUGGAGUUCUGGAGAAGUUCCAGGAUAUCUUCACAACCGGACCCCGUCGUGGUCAUGCCAUGGGUCUUGUCAAGUGGCCCCCAGGGGCCAACGAACAGGAGCUCAAGCGACAUCUUAUCCAACUUGUCCAGGAAAUCAGGUUUUCUUCUAUGGCAUCCAAAUCUAUGGCCAUAGGGAAAACGCUCUGGGCUGCGCUCAGCAAGACGAAGAUGGAGAGACUCCGCUCUGGCCAUGCUGGGAAAACCAAAAGAUUGAUCCUCGAGGUCAAUGCCUCCGAGAAGCAUGCUAUGGAUGUGGAAUGGGGAGCGGGCUCCGUGUGGAUGAGAUCAAAGCUUGUGGCUAGCGCAACGAGAACCCCGCCGAGAGAUGCUUCCACGGUCCCGGGAAGAGCCCCUGGAAUGUGGAUCGAUGUCUUGCAGAUCUCCCGCAUGCUCGGUGCCUCGUGUGAGACCUUGACGGAGCGUUGGGAAGCCCUCAUCUCCGAGUGCCCCCCCGAAGGGGAGAAGGCUGAGGAGGGCUCAGUGAAUUUCUUUUCAUGGAACAUUGGAGGCAAGCCGAUUGAAUCGGCGCUCGCGGCAACUGAACAUAGUGCAGCGAUUUGUGCCGAAAAGGCAAUCUUUGCCCUACAAGAAUUACCCAGAUCAAAGGUAGGAUGGCAAACGUGCCAUUAUGAACAAAGAACUCUUGUACAGUACAGAGGUGACACCCAGUGGCGUGGCAAUGGCAUCAUGUUCCCGACUGCAGAGUACACCUGUCUACGCCGCAAGGCGAACGAGCAGGGCAUAUGGGUGAGGCUGCGAAGACUGUCCACAGGAAUGGAGUUCUGGCUGUGCUCUGCCCGCCUGAGCACCGGUGUGUCAGAUGCGGAAACUGCGGAGGAGGCGCACCAGCUACUGCGAUUGAGACCUCCCACUAGCCUGCCCAGCCUUGUCUUGGCCGACUUCAACACGCCUGUGAUUGUGAUUGCUGAAGGGUCCUUCCGACAAAUUGGUGGAGACCAUGAUCGCCUAGAAAUUUCCGUGGAUUUGGGAAAGCGACCUCAGCUGCCGCAUCAGAGUGACACCAGACCUAGAGUUGUGGUGGGGGAAAUCCCUCCGCAGGUGGGCUUUAGCCAGGCCACUGCAGAGAAGCUGGCGAGGGAGUACACCCAGCCAAAAAAGGGAGCUCGAUACCGAGAUCCGCCGGAAGUCCGUGCUGCCUUUAAGCGUGCCAAGCUGGCUGACACGGAACAAGCAUGGAAGCAUGCGCAGUCUGCCAGAAGAGGAGCCAGAGAUGAAUGGUUGAAUGCCAAAAUCCAGAGAGCGAGCCAGGGGUCCUGGAAGGACAUGAAAGACCUCAAGGACAGAACAGGUGCAGAGUGGGCGGUCCAUCUGACAGAAGAGGCCUAUGCCCAACAUAGGGAUCCACUGCUGUGGACAACAGAGCAUUUCGCUAAGGUUUUCAGAGCGGCGACCGAAGAAUGCAAGCCAGUUGCCUGGAAACGCACAGAAAUGCAUGGCAGAGCUUUCGAUACACAAGAGCUAAGAAGUGUGGUGACCAAAGGCCAGAGAGGAAAAGCUGUUGGUCUUGACCUGACUUCCUACGAAUUGGUCAAGGAACUUUGCAAGGACCCGGUGACAGAAGGAUCUCUCCUGGCCUGGAUGGAAUCAGUCCGCCUUGGCGCGCCAGUCCCGAAAGCAUGGCUCACCACGAUCGUUACCUUGUUGCCGAAGAAGACCAAGCCAGAGUCCCCGGCCGACCUCAGACCCAUCAGUCUUAGUUCUGCAAUGGGGAAAAUUUUUGGAGGCCUCGUCCUCCAGAGAACCAGGGCAGCCUUGAGACCGAAAGGCCCAGAGCAGUGCGCGUUGGGAGGUAGGCAGACGGCUGAUUACCUCUUUUCGGUGAUCCGAACUUUCUCCUUGGAAACAGAGUGGAGGUUUGGCUUAAUGUGGCUCAAAUUGGACAUCCACAAAGCUUAUGACUCGAUCAACAGAAGCAAGGUCUUGGAAUACCUCAGUGAACACCUGCCAGACGAGAUGUGGCACGAAUUCGAAGCCUGGAAACAGCUACUCAACCCUGGUGUAGCAUGGAUUAGAACGCCGUGGGGAACUCAGGCAGUUGACCAAACCCGCGGGAUUCGCCAGGGCUCCGUAGAGAGCCCCUUCAUCUUCGCUGUCGCUAUGGAGUGUGCUCUACAUACUGCACAGUCGCACCCGACUUGGCCUGGCCCCCUGAGCAGCGCCCCAGACCUCCAGCUUACCUCCCUGUUGUUCAUGGAUGAUAGCAUACUUUGGGAGACCAGACGGGAAGCCCUUGAGCAAAAGUUCCAAGUCCUGAGCAAGGAGCUCCGAGAGUGGGGCCUCAUGGUCAAUCCCAAAAAGACCUCCUUUUACUGCUCGCCCUACGCGACAAGUUGCAGCCAGAUAUGCCUGGAUGGGACCUGGAUAAGAGGAUGUCGGACCCUGGAGGUCAUGGGUGUCAAGCUCAGAGUCCCCUUCAAGCCGGCAGCGGUUAUGGACACAGGGCUGGCUAAGGCACGCAAGAAGUACUUCGCCAGCCGAGGGCUACUUGAGUGUAGAGGUCCACUUAAAAAGCGCCUUCAGGUGUUCCAGUCUUGUGUGGGAGGGGCAGCCUUGUGGUAUGCAGCUGCAGCGCCACCUAACAUCCAAGCGAUGGGUGCCCUCAACAGCAUGCAGCUAGAAAUGGUUGCCCGGAUGUCGGGAAUUCGCAGAAAACCUGCUGAAGGGUGGCUAGACUUCAGACUUAGAGGCCUGAGAGCAGCCCGACAAAUCCUAGCAAAUGUCGGUGCAGAACGGUGGAGCACGCAGUGGUUGCGCAGGCACUGGCAGUACCGAGGGCAUGUUGCCAGGUCAGCGGAGCGAGAAGAGCCGCCAGCGAGUGCCAUCAUAGAUGGCUUCCGAACCCUACCCUGGUGGCGCGCGCAGCAAGCGCGGAGAGACGGUGCCCGCCACCCUGCAGCGUUCUACCCCCACAUGUCCAAUGAGGAGAUCAGACUCAAUAGAGCUGCAGGAGUUGCACACUGGAGGUCUCUUGCCAUGCUGCCUGCAGAUUGGAAGAAGCGCGAACCAGUCUGGAUCCAGCAAAACGACAUCGCCUGGUGCACGGGCCGACAGCUGGCCCUUGCCAACUAA